AUGAGCGGCUCAUCAACCUUCUGGGCGCAGAAGCGCAACCUUUUCAAGUCUGCGAACUUGCCUCUGCCCGUGCCCACAACAACUGAGUCACCAAAGCCGGCAGAGAACUCACCACCUACCAAGAAGAGCCUUGUAUCGAAGGGCAUGACGAACGGUGCUGCAAAGACCUCUGCACUUCCCCCAAACGGAAAGAAGACCGACUGGGCGGAUAGCGAAGACGACGACGAGUUCACGGCCUCGUUUACGAAGACUCCGCGCGUCAUCACCUUGGAGAACGAAGUCGCUCGCAAAGACGCGCGCAUUGGUGAGCUGGAGGCCGUUGUUGGCAUCAAGGCUGUACGCAUCAGCCAACUUGAGGGUCUCGUUGAGGAGAAGGACCACGACAUCGCCAACCUGGAGACUCGUGUCGCGGAGAACUAUGCACGCAUUGAGGAGUUUAAGAAGGAAGGUCAUGAGCAAUACCUUCACGUACAAGAGCUGCUAGAGGCGGAACUCGAGCAGAAGUGCUCUAUCAUCCGUGAUUUGGAGGUCGAGUCCGACUCGCAGACGCAGGUCUCGACCGAGGACAUGGAGAUGCAGGAGGUAAAGGAGCCUGAGAAACCUGACGUGGUCGCCGCCGAACCUGCAGAACCCCAGGCUGCCAUCGCCAAGCUAGCAAAGGUCGAGGACGAAGUCUCCAACGUCAGUCCCACCACGACCGCUGAUGUAGAUGGCGCUGGAGAGGAUGGGAUCGCUCAUGACGAGACAUCUGCGACGACCGCCACGGAGCCCUCGACUACUGAGCCACCAAAGGAGACGGCAUCUCCAAAGGAGGCAUCGGGUCUAGCCUUCGGGGAAUCUGACUUCCCCAUCUUUGUCACGCAAGAGAACAUCAAGGUCGCGCCUCCAUCCAAGGCUCCAAAGAAGCUAACCUUCCCCAUCGAUUUCUCCAAGUAUGGGAAGAAGCUUGCCACCGCUGCUGCUAAGCAACCAGAAGCAAAGAAGGAUAAAGGUGCUCAUGCUACCUCUGGUCUAGCUUCCAAGCAGCAGCGUACUAAGACUGAUGCAGUGCCGAAUUUCAACCCUUCGUUGGACAUUCGCCAGAUGUCGCACGCUGAGCGUAUCAUAUACGCUAACGGUCCAGAGGUUGCGGUCCAGAUGGGUGACGUGAAGCUGGCGACUCUUCCAAAAUACGUGCUUAUGCAGUGCUCUGGCAAAGCCUAUAAGCACUUCACCAACCGACCAGAUGCUAUUAGCAUCACCUUCCCUGUCAACUCGAUGGAUGUAGAUGCGGCUAGAGCGCAUUUGAGUUGGAUGGAUGAGAUGACCUACCAAGGCCGCGUUUACUCUAUCGCGCUCAACGCGGACCCGAAGUUCGACCAGAAGAAUCUGAACAUCUGUCGUGCUGCUCGUGUGCUAGGUAUGAACAAUACCUACAUCGGACAUUUCACCAAGCAAUUCUGCGACCGCAUCCGCGAGAACGAGGCUUCUGCGGACUUCAUGGGCCUCGUGUGCGACCUCGCAUACGCGGAGAACGACCCAAUCUUCGAGUGCCUCGCCAACAACUUGGCCAGCCAGGUCAAGCGUCAGACGGUGCAGAAGCCCGAGGAGCUUGCGGCCUUGUUGGCCAAACACGAAACGCUGAAGACGAAGAUGGAGGAGAUCGAAAAGCGAAUAGCAAAGAAGCGCUAG